AUGAGUAUACCACCUGAGAAAAUCUUGCUUAGGUGGAUGAACUUCCAGCUGAAAAAAGUAGGAUACAAGAAAACAAUAACAAACUUCUCUUCAAAAAAUAUAAAGGAUGGAGAGGCCUAUGUCCAUCUCUUGAAUGUUCUUGCUCUUGAGCACAGUAAUCCAUCUAUAUUGGCAGCAAAAGAUCCUUCACAAAGAGCAAAGCUGGUUCUUGAACAUGCUGAUAGGAUGGGUUGCAAAAGAUACUUAACAGUGAAAGAUAUUGUUGAAGGUUCUCCGAAUCUCACACAUUUUCCAGCUUAG